AUGCUCUCUUCCGUUGCUUUCGUCAGCAGCCCAUUGCUUUUACCAUCGACGGAAUGGUCAGGCUAUCGCCGUCUUAUCACCACCGGCCUUGGAUUUUCUAUGCUUGGCGACUAUCUUCUUAUUCCUUCUCGGCAUGAAUUCUAUGACUUGGAGAGCAAAAAGCCAAGCUCCGGCAAAUCGGAAGUGCGAGGGAAAGUAUCGAAAUCUUUCCAGCUCGGCAUCGCCGCCUUCGCCGCUGCUCAUAUCGCCUAUACUCUAGCCUUCCUGCAAGAUUGCCACGAAACCUCCUUGAAGGUUUUUGCCGCCACAUUCACAGGGACUCUGAGCAUUGCAAAAUGGCUGGGUGUUAUAUAUCCUCCGCCAUAUUCCACACCCAAAACGAAUGUACUGGACCUCAAUAUUGCUCCAGAUAUGAAGCCAUUGGUUACUAUUUACGCUAUUAUCAUUGGUACAAUGUUUGCUGUCGCUACUUCCACGUCUCCUUUGAUUGUUUCAGCCGACCGGUUGCACUCGCGGGCUUUGGGAGCUGCUAUGUUCGUUGUAAGCGACCUUUUUGUUGCAAAGAAUGCUUUUAGCAAACCUCUUGUGCCGCAUAGCCGUGGGUGGCUCAGAAUAUUUAUGGGCUAUGCGCUCUACUUCUGGGGGCAAAUGGUGAUUGCCAGAACAGUUGAAAAAUAG